AUGCGCAAGCGUUUUGCGACAGGGUUGACGGUAGGCGCGACGGCAGCAGUGGUGAUGCGCUGGAAGAAUCCUCUGGAGGAAGCGCUUCGAGGAUCCAAGGCUGUCGCUUGCAGGCGGCCACGCUACAGUGACGCUGAAGACAGCUCAGGGUCUUCUUCCUGCCAGCGCUGCCAUGCUAAGGCCCGGACUGCCUCCGCAUCUGGGGCCCUUGCUCUGUCUCCAACCGUGCCAACUCAGAGUCCACUCUUGACGACACCGCCACAUGGCCCUGCUCGCACCCAGGCACAGCUCCUGACCAGCUUUGCCAUCACAGAGGCCUGCUCCAGUCUCGUUGUUCCUGAUCUGCGACCUUGGCCGCAUCUGCUUUAUCACGAAGGCCGCACGUCAACACAAACUCCCAACCUGCACAACUGGAACCGUAGCUGUCGCCAUUUCUUGGGCGUCUUGCACUCCAUCCGACGCUUGCCCAUUGACGAACACCGCCCACCUGAGCUUAGCGAAGCUACCGAAGCUUCAGGUUCGGCUCGCAAGAUUGUCGGCUUGGCCAACUCAGGCUCGUCCUCAGGUGCAAGCACUGAAAUGCGAUGCACUCUGCCCCCACACAAGGAGCCUCUAGCGUUUCGUUCAUAUGGAGACUACGAGGCUCAUUACAGCAAGGAGCAUGUUUACAGAUGCGCUGAGUGCCACAAGAACCUGCCGUCUGCCCACUACCUGGGACUUCAUUUCGAGGAAUGCCACGACCCAUUCGCUGCUGUUAGGAGGGAUAAGGGAGAACACACUUAUUCUUGCUUCGCCGAGGACUGUAGUCGAAAAUGCAGAACGCCACAGAAGCGUCGCUUGCACGCCAUUGACAAACACAUGUUCCCCAAGAACUACUUCUUCGCUGUGACGAAAGAGGGCGUUGAUGGCAGAUCAUCACUCCUGCUAGGUCCUGGUCAUCAUCGACGGAAGUCUUCAGGCGCAAAUAGCACCCUCGCUUCAGCAGCACCUGGUCGAAGCCCGAGUGGGAAACCAUAUUCCCAAGCCAGCCGUGAUGGCGAGGAGCCUAGAACAGAUCCUGUAGAGCAGUCCGACCACGAUAUGGAAGACCUCACUGGAGCAAUGUCCUCUCUCCAGUUCGUUCCUACAAGCAUACGUUUUGGCCGAUCAGGGAAGAGGUCGGGCUUCGCGAAAAGAUGAGGGCCUGCCACAUGCAGCUUGAGGAAACUACUGUCUUCGGCGACAUACAGCAAUAUGUCAUAGGAAUGUCUACGAGAUUCAUGUGC